CGUUAAAAAAAAAUCCCUGUUAGUGAACGCACUUGCUUAAUGCGUUUUAAAGGGGAUUUGAGCGUUCAAGAUUGGGAAAGCGCGCAGCAUCCCGUUAUUAAUAAUCAUCACUACCUGUUGAUUUUCUGUUUGUGACCGCACGGUGGCACCAAGGAGCCUAAAAGCGACCGGGACUGGGUUAAACGAUACGCCGAUCUCAGAAAGAUAUGCUUUUUUAAUUGGUUUGUUUCCCGCCGGAAACAAUCUGUCGGAAUUCGGACGCGAAAUGCAGCAGUUAGCUAACGAAUAGUGAGUUAGCUAACGAAUAGUGAAUUAAGUCGAGUCCAAAACGAGCUCUAUUUUUUAUUAUUAUUCAUUAGUGACCUUUUUGUCGUGUUUUGUACUGAAACACAAACAAAGUCGUACAUCCUCAGGUGAGCGCGGCCCCUGCCUGAUUGUGGUCAGGUAAUGCCAAUACGCUUCUGCUAAUUGCACUUUGUUAUGUUUAGCUAAACUUUUCUUCAACUACUAGCGAGCUGCGAAGGCCUGCUCGCACACGGUUCCUCAUUUUGAUGACUUUUGCGCGGUUCAAGUCUUAGGGGGCACUUUUAAUAACGUAGACCGUGCACACAGUCUGCAUUUAGCUCAUAGGCUCUAAAAGCAGAUUCGCGUAUUUUUUUAUUUGUGUUUAAUAAAUCGAUGUUUGCGCACAGGCGUGUGCUUAGGCGUGUGCGAGCCAUUCGUGACUUCGCCACCAGGUGGCGGUAGGUGUCUGUGCAAUUUACGAAACAUCUAUUCUGUUCAAAACACUUCAUUUCUUUAAUGCAAUGCACAUAAGCUACUCGUUUAAAUUGCAGGGCGACAGCAAACGUGCAAAAAGUGUAUAAACCGAACAAAAAGUAUCACUGAAAGGGCUUUACCUCGACGUUGGGUGUUUUGUGAUCACUGGAUAUGGUGAUAUGAGAUUAUUGUAUUUUUGCAUGUCUGUUUACACAGGGAGUACAGGCCCAUGACCAAACCUGAACGAGAGAAGCCCAACAAAGCUAAGACUCGUCUUAAAGGAACAUCUGGACACCGUUUCUCUUCAGCGGAGCCUGCUGAUGCUUCCAGUGGCAGGAGCGGCACGCGCCCGGCGUACGCAACGCAAGCGCAUCUCUGGGGGCGUGGUCAGGAGGAACGCGCGGCGGGCCGCCGGCGUAUUGAAAAGGCCGCGCUGUUACCAUCUCACAACUCAGAGCAGGUCGAGAGUCCGGUGCAACCCCUGCCCAUUGAAGCCACACGUGAACGCCACGAGCAAGACGCACGGCCGCUGGGCAUCCCAAAGAAAACUUUUUGCGUUUUUUCUCGCUCCUUUUCUUUUCCUCCGCGAAAUGGACAUCACUGCCAAGAUGGAAAUAAGCGUAAACCAGCAGCAGUUCAUGCCACCUGCCUGCUUUUUCGCCUCUCAGAGCAUCCAGCUCAGUCCGACCGACAGCCAGUGCAGCAACAAGUCCGCGUCCAAGCAGGCGAAAAGGCAGCGCUCGUCCUCUCCGGAGCUGCUCCGGUGCAAAAGGAGGCUCAACUUCGCCGGCUUCGGGUAUAGCCUGCCCCAGCAGCAGCCGCACGCGGUGGCCAGGCGCAACGAGAGAGAGCGCAACCGGGUAAAGCUGGUGAACAACGGCUUCGCCACUCUCCGCGAACACGUUCCCAACGGAGCGGCGAACAAGAAGAUGAGCAAAGUGGAGACGCUGCGCUCGGCUGUGGAGUACAUCCGCGCGCUCCAGCAGCUUCUGGACGAGCAUGACGCGGUGAGCGCGGCGUUCCAGUCAGGCGUCCUGUCACCCACCAUCUCCCAAAAUUACUCCAACGACAUGAACUCUAUGGCCGGCUCGCCCGUGUCCUCUUACUCCUCGGAUGAGGGCUCCUACGACCCUCUGAGUCCAGAAGAGCAAGAGCUCCUGGACUUCACCAACUGGUUUUGAACGUUCGCGAAAUCAAGGAAAUGCCUAAAAAUCGCAGCACUCGCUUGGGAGGAACCCGGGUGUCCUCCAAGAACACAAAGCACUGCGUUUGCGCUUCGGUCCGGUUCGGAUAGACUCGAAUCCGCACCCAGAGAUGGCCCACACAAACCGGCAAACCACGGGGUCCCGAGUGUCAAAGAGCCAAAGGACUAAAAGGGAAGAGCGGGAGUCCAGUCCUUCCAGCGCAUCCGCCCAAGAAAUCUAUUUUUAAAAUGACUUUCCACUACACUGUGGCGCGUAUACUAAAAACAACAACAAUAAGCAAAACGUUGUUCUUUUACCUAUGCUAAUGUAAUCAAAGAAGGUUUGCCCUGAUUGACCCCUCUCACAAACUCUAAUAUGCUUCCAACUUGGCGAAUUUUAUUAUAUGAAGUUCUAUUUGUAUAAAACAUGUUGUUUUUUUGAAAUAUAUUAAGCUAUUUUUGUAUGUAAGAGAUUUAUAGAUGUUUUUGUACGCGUUCAUUUUAAUAUGUAUCUAUUUUUGACCUAUAGCCUGCCGUAAAUCGCUCAUUACCUCUCGCUUAUUCAGACUUCUAGUCUCAAAUGCAUCGCAGCUGGCAAUUCCCUUUACGGUCGUGGAGGUUUAUAAGAGUUUCGAUUUCAACACCAACGUGUCUUAUUUAAUAGGAAUACUAAUUGCAAUGGUGAUGCGACUCGGGAGUGAUCAAAGGUUAUGCAGCUAUUGUCCAAACGGAGGUGUUUUGUGUCUCCACACUGCCUGUUCCACUUUGCCUUUACAAUGCUGGGUUUUGCAUCUCAGAAAAUAAGAAUAUGCCUUAUCUCCAUAUUUUCUACAGUUUAGUCUCAUAAUAAAAGUUUGGAAAAGAAA